UUAAACUCUAGCAAUUGGAGAAGAAGAACUCGAGAUUGACGGUGAUUGAAGCCAAGCAGUAAUUAAAGGCAAGAAGAGCAUGCAAGCAGCCUAAAGCAAGUUCGAGGUGAAGAUCCGCAAGUUUUCCGGCACCGCACGGACUGGAACAGAUGAAGCCACGAGUUGACCAAUUGUCCUUUAUGCACUUCAUCAAAAUGUUUAAGUUUUGGACUUCAUUUGGGCUAAAUUGUAUUUUGUGUCUGUAUGUAUCAGUACCCUUUGGGCUUUUCUUUAAUGCAAAGACUAUUUUUUUUUUGUUUUUGAUCAACAAUACAGUUGACCGAAUUCGGAAUUGUUUCGAUUAGACCAUCUUCAAUUGGGUUUGGAGUGUCUAAAUAUCUUGCGAUUUCGCAGAUCACUCCAUAGCCAAGUAGUCUCAUUAUUUCUCUAUUGUUUGUUAGUGUAUAACCCUUUCAUUUACGCAAAUCAAUCUUCUUUUCAAUCCUCCAUUGAUAUACGAUAAGCAAGAAGCUUUUUUCUGCAGAAAAAGUUAAAUCCAAUAACACGCAGGAGGAAGCAGCUUCCAUGGAUCUAUCACUCAACACUAAGAAUGUCUUCUCCUCAGCUCUCCGUUUCGCCAUGUCCAUUGACACGCUGAAGAACUCUCCUGAGCUUGCUCAUGAACUCAAAACCUCAGCUCAAGAGCAAGUCGAGUUCAUGCUGUCCGAAGACGAAGAGGUACGGUUACUGGUUUCUCGAGAGGAAGUUAAAUCUGUCGUGAGAUUAGGCAUCUCCAGUGUCCUAUCGGCGUUGUUAGACAGAUUAUCAUCUUUGCUUCUUCUCCCUGAAGAGUUUGAUGUUCUUAAUACGCUCUAUGAUAUUGAGUGGCUGUGCAAAGUGUUGCCGAGGAUGGAGUUGAUGAAAGAUCUCGUCUUUAAAUGGGCGGACGUGUCGAACGAGAUUCUUGUGAUUGCUCAGAACUGUAAGUUAGGUGUGAAAGUGAAGCUUGUAGAGGUUACAGGGAAGGUUUUAGAAGCGGUUGGUUAUGGUGUCGUGAUUGUUCCUUGUGGAAGCAGAGCUUGUCUUCUGAAGCUAUGGUUGCCUUUCAUAAGGAGGUUAAAGGCUCUGGUCGAUGCACAAGGAUCUGAGUCUGAGUACAGAAUGGACGAAGAUCUUUGUGAAUUCUUAGAAGGAUCGAUGGUGUCUUUGGUCUUGACAUUGCCUUCGAAUGACCAAGCAGAAGUGUUUGGGGAAUGGAUGAGAGGGAUUGCGUUGGAAGGAGUGAAGUUUCCGGAUUUGAGUGAAGCCUUUGAGGUUUGGUGUUAUAGAAGUAAGUCUGCAAAGAGACGGUUGUUGGAAAAAUGUGAUAGACUUGCAUCUGAAAACCUUGCCCAUUGAUUGAUUGUUAAUACAUCGAUCAACAACUCUGAAAGUGUAGAAGAUGUAGCUAACCAAACCAAGCUUUUUCUUCUUUAAGCUGGUCUGAUGAAUUCAGAGAGCUCGUCGAAUACAUCAGCUUUAUCUAUUCGCAGUUCACACACAAUCCCUUGACUUGACCCUCGACGAAGAUAGACUGAGAGGAGGGGAAAUCGACUAGCUAGGGAUUCAGAUUACCCUUCAUUCCUGCUCACAUAUGUUAUGUUGUAUCUUCUUUACUCUCCUUGAUUUGGUAGCGGUUUUAUUGUAUUAGGAGUGACAGAAUUCGUGGAUUAUGCUGAUUGAUUUAUGAUAUAAACCA